AUCCUCCUUUGGGCCGGCCGAGUAUUUGGCAAUACAUCGGAAAGGAAAGAUUUCGAUGACGAUGACAGGUCACGACGAUCGCCUCCUCCUUCCCUUCUAAUUCCAACCUUCCGCGAUCGGAUUCCCCUCUUUCCCCAGCUCGAUCUCGUCUCUCCCUUCCUCUCUCUCUCUCUCUCUCUCUCUCUCUCUCUCUACCGAAUCCCAAACCCUAAGUCCGACCUUGCCCCUCUCCGCCCUCUUCGACGCAGGCACGCAGCGACCUUGGGUGGAUUCAGUCACAAUGGAAGGAUCUGGCAGAGGGGGCAGUGCUGAUGUCGUUCUACAAAAUUAUAAGCUAGGAAAAACUCUUGGCAUUGGCUCGUUUGGCAAGGUUAAGAUUGCAGAGCAUUUACUGACAGGACACAAGGUUGCUAUCAAGAUCCUAAAUCGUCGUAAAAUAAAAAACAUGGAAAUGGAAGAAAAAGUUAGACGAGAGAUCAAAAUAUUGAGAUUAUUUAUGCAUCCCCAUAUUAUACGUCUUUAUGAGGUAAUAGAGACUCAGUCAGAUAUUUAUGUGGUGAUGGAGUAUGUUAAGUCAGGCGAGCUAUUUGAUUAUAUAGUUGAAAAGGGAAGAUUGCAAGAGGAUGAAGCUCGCCGUUUUUUUCAACAGAUCAUAUCUGGUGUUGAAUAUUGUCAUAGAAACAUGGUUGUUCAUCGGGAUUUGAAACCAGAGAAUGUGUUGCUAGAUUCAAAAUGGAAUGUUAAAAUUGCUGACUUCGGCUUGAGUAAUGUUAUGCGUGAUGGCCAUUUUCUGAAGACUAGUUGUGGGAGCCCAAAUUAUGCUGCUCCUGAGGUAAUUUCUGGAAAACUAUAUGCUGGACCUGAGGUUGAUGUAUGGAGUUGUGGUGUCAUUCUUUAUGCUCUUCUUUGUGGCACCCUUCCCUUUGAUGAUGAGAACAUACCCAACUUAUUUAAGAAAAUAAAGGGCGGGAUAUAUACCCUUCCUAGCCAUUUGUCUCCUCUUGCACGGGAUUUGAUUCCCAGAAUGCUAAUUGUUGAUCCUAUGAAGCGAAUAACCAUUCGCGAGAUUCGUGAACAUCCAUGGUUCCAGACUCAUCUUCCUCGCUAUUUGGCUGUACCACCACCAGAUACUAUGCAGCAAGCUAAAAAGAUCGACGAAGACAUUCUUCAGGAGGUAAUCAAAAUGGGCUUUGACAAGAACCAGUUGGUUGAGUCUCUUCAUAGCAGAAUCCAGAAUGAGGCAACUGUAUCAUAUUACCUUCUUCUGGACAAUCGUUUCCGUGCUACGAGUGGCUACCUUGGGGAUGAUUUUCAAGAAACUAUGGAUGGUGGUUUCUCACGUAUGGGUUCAAGUGAAACUCCUGCUAUUGCACAUCGGUUUUCGGUAUAUAUGGAUCAACUGGGUAUUGGUUUGAGGUCACAUUUUCCUGUUGAAAGAAAAUGGGCUCUUGGACUUCAGUCUCGAGCUCAUCCUCGUGAGAUAAUGACAGAGGUCCUUAAAGCUCUGCAAGAACUAAAUGUUUGCUGGAAAAAGAUUGGACAUUAUAACCUGAAAUGUCGUUUUAUUCCUGGCAUUUCUGAUCAUGCUGAAAGCAUGCUUGAUAAUUCUCUGCAUGUUAACCAUAGCUUUAGUGAUGAUUCCGCCAUUGUUGAAAGCGAUGAUGUUGCUGGGAAAGAAUCCAGCACAGUCAAGUUUGAGAUUCAGCUCUACAAGACC